UUGAAAACAUUCAUUUUAUAAAACAUGAAUCGAGUUAUACAGGAAAACAGCAGUUCCUGCUCAAGCGAUGACCAGACAGACAGUAUGAGUUACAACAAAGCAAUACCUACAGGGGUUACUGAAGAACAUUAUAUGAAAGACUGCAAAUAUGAAAGAUAUACAGAUACAGAGGAAGGUGGUGCGUUUCAAAUCCAUAUCAGGAUUUGCAAAUGCACAAGCAAAUACGAGGAUAGAAGUAAUUUAGUUCAGAAUAAGAUGGAUUAUAUGCCAACAGAAGGGAAAGAAAUUCAUUCUGAUCUCGCAUGUAAAUGGCGUAGACGUAAAGUAAUGAGAUGCGGUCAAAAGAUAUACAUGUUAGAGAAAUAUUGCAACGGGUGCAUUCAACCAGAAACAAAUACCCCUAUGCAUGCAAUGAACAUGGUUCCUGCUUCAAAAUGAUGAAUGAAGGAGGUCUGCAAUUAUCAGCAUUUCUACUUAACAACUUGACAAACCGGUUAUCUAUAACAACAACUGCAUUACCAAACACAUAAGCAGAAUUAUGUUAAAAUCAUGGAGUUCAAAAAGACCAGAAGGUCCUGGUAUAUUUUUACAUUUUGAUAUUAAUUUCCAGUCUAUUAUGCAAAAAGUAAUAGCUAAUAUGUUCAUGUCAAAAGCUAACUCGGCACUAACAUUCAUCAUGGUUUAAUGAAUAAUCAUUCCAAACUAAAUGUAACUGAAAUUUAGUAACUCUACACAUUAUGAGAUGAUGGGAAUUGUGAAAAUAACUUAAGACAUAUUUUUCAAAACUGCAUUCUGAUUUGUAAUAUUUUGCGUAUUUUAUACAAAAUUUCGACUGAAACUUUCGUUUAUAAUCAGUUUUGAGAACUGAUCAUUAUGUACAACAUAUUUUGUCCGUUUGAAUCUUGCUUCAUCUUUAAUUUAACUUGAAGGCAUGCCACUGAGUUUGACAGAAAUCUUGAAAUAAUGUGGACCAUUUGUCCUGCAAUUCAUAAAUGAUUUAUCUUCAUGAGGUUGAUGAUAUAUGCCAAUAGAAGCUUUAAACCCCAACACUCUACCCAUUUGUCUGCUCCAUCCCCAUUUUAUUGUUACUGAAAUGUAUUUGUUGUUUGGGUUUGAAGCAACACGUCUGCUGUAUUGGUCAUUAUAGUUUCUAUUUGUGGCGGGCUUACAUUGUGAUGUAUGGCUCUAACUGAGUUUGCUGUACUCUGUUUUUCCGGGAAGUCUACCCUUACCUUUUAUUAUUUACAAUAAUUUAAUUUUGUGAUGAUAAAAUGCAAUGAGGACAUUAUUUAAUGGUGUUACUGAACGUAACAUGAUUAACGACACCUAAUAAAGUUUAGCGACAUUUUGUCAAACCGUAUUGUCAUACAAGUACUUGAUAAUGUGAAAUAAAUUUGAAAAAGAAAUGUAGGCAUGUUAUUGAUUAAAUUCUACAUGUGGAAUUUACAAAUCUGCAAAAAAAUGGACGGACAGAAAAUUCAUUACAUAUCAGCCUGGAUAUGGCAGAUAGGUAAACUCUGUUGAAGAGGACAACAUUUAUAUGCCCUACGUUUGUCUGAAAUGUUUGCAUAAAACGACAGAUUAUAUAUUCUAUCAGCGCGAUAUAUAAAAGUAUGCACUUUAACAAAUGACUCGUUUUUUUUCAAUAAUUAAAAAGACAGAUGUAUUGCCCUACAUUUUAGAGCUUAAUACAUCAAAUAAAUGAAAAUAGAAGAAAAAGAAACUCUUACAAAAUUACCAUAAUUCAUUAUGUUACUGCGUCAGAAAUCCUGUUUAGACCAAUAGGUCAACAUUAAUAUGUUCAAAUAUUAUUUCUGUCUCUAAAGUGCGCUAUAUUCUUUUGCUAUCUUAAGUUUGAAUACAAUGUUACACUGACUAUAUUGCUUUAUAUAUCACCAGUUUACGACAUGUUUGAUUAGACUCGUAACAAAGCAGAGCAGAACUUGAAAAAUCUAAAAGAAUACGAUUACAAAUAUAAAAUGCUUUACAUAC